AUCAUGUAUAUGAGGUGACAUUCAGCAUUUCACCAAGAGGUGUUAAUGUACUCAUUUAUUUAUUACACAAACUACGUUGACAGUAGUAGCUCAGGAAACCCAUUGAAACGAGGGGGCUGAUGCGCUGUAACAGCUAAGUGUCGGAUAGAGUUUCACCUGCUAUAUAUAAGCCCUGGGAUUUGUGCGACUGGGCUAUUUAAAUGCCACGGACGGAGUUCCAUGAGGGGGCAACUAUCAGCAACACAGGCCAUUCCAGGCUACACCACUAUGAUGGACCUUUUUGAGACCAAUGCGUACUUCUUCAAUGACCUGCGCUAUCUUGAGGGCGAGAAUGGGGCUCUGCAGCACCUGGAGAUGGCGGAAACGCCCCCUCUGUACCAGGUGGGUGACAGCCCGCCGUCCCCCGGGCAGGACGUGACAGCGGAGGCAGGAUGUGACCCUGGGUGCAACAGCAGCGGGGAGGAGCAUGUCCUGGCGCCCCCGGGUCUCCAGCCUCACUACCCAGGACAGUGCCUCGUCUGGGCCUGCAAAACCUGCAAGAGGAAGUCCGCCCCGACCGACCGGCGGAAAGCUGCCACGCUCAGGGAGAGAAGGCGGCUCCGCAAGAUUAAUGAGGCUUUCGAGACGCUUAAGAAAAAGACGGUGUCCAACCCGAGCCAGAGGCUACCCAAGGUGGAGAUUUUACGCAGUGCCAUAAGCUACAUUGAGAGACUGCAGGACCUGUUGAAUUCGCUGGACGAGCAGGAGAAAGCCAAGGAGAAGGAGACUUUGAACUACCUCAGAAAAGAACAGCAUAUGGCCACCAUUGAUUGCUAUGGGGGAAAGGUUUCUUGUAGUUGGCGGACCACGGUGGAACAUUGCAAUUCUCCGAUGGCUAAUCAAAAUGGGGGUAGAGCUGUUGACUCCUUGGCCAGCAGCAGCCUGCGUCACCUCUCCUCGAUUGUUGACAGUAUUUCAACUGAAGAGCCCAAAGCAACUUUCAGAGCAGGGAGCUCAGCAACAUGAAUUACUGUCAAUGAACUUAUCACACUUCCAUUGUAUUGUUUCACAUUAGUUGUAUUUCUUUCAAGACUGUUUUUACUUGUUUAUUUGCAAUAUUUAUGUGAGCUUUAAAAACAGUUACAAGUGUUUUAUCAUAAAUAUAAUUUCUAAUAAGAAUCUUUUUAAUUUAUCUCAGUUUGAUAUGUACAUAUUUUAUAGUAAAUUAAUAUCAAUGAAAUAAUUUUAUAUUUAAGGAACAUUAAUAAAGAAAUUGUAAAAAUGGGAAUAUAUGCUUUGUAGUUCUGUCUUUGCCGGUCACCUAUA